AUGCCGGCCUUCCCGUUCAAUGGAUCACUUGAUGCUCAAAGCUGGAAUGAGACCCGUCCACAGGAGGACAUGGACUGGGAAUGCCAUUUCACCGGCAGAUGGAAACGGGCGCUGCCGCUCCUCGUCUUCUGUGUCUUCAUGGCGUUCAUGGUAAUAGUGACUGGUCGGCACAGAAGACAAACUCCAUUCGACGGGUCGUCAAGGAUCAACGUGGGGUCGUUGAUUCUGUACCCAGAGUACACGGUCCGUUCGCUCAACGAAACUUCACCCUUACUGAAAGCUGAGACGUGGAAGCAGGUGAGAGCAGCCUCACGCAUCGCUACACCUGCCAGUCUGUCCGACACACCCGUAUGGUAG